UUCACAUAAUACAUCUGUGAAGCCUUAUCAUAGGCUACCCUUCCAGAGACCCCUAGUGGUUUGGAGACCGUACUCUGUAACCUCGCAUAGAAAAACCCUAAUUUCUUGGAUUCAAACUCCGAUUCCUAAGAAGAAGGAGGAAAUUUGUUGUAGGAAAUGAAUAACAGUUCCUCUUCCAAAAAACACAGUCCAGAUCAGCCAGAGACAAGUGGACCCACAUUCAAAUCACAGCGAACCAAAAUGGACACUGAAAAGAAGAUUUUGAAUAAAAAACUCAAGGAUGUUGAAAUAAGCUGUCCCAUUGUGUAUGGUAGCAUGGCAUUCUGGCUAGGGAAGAAGGCAAGCGAGUACCAGUCACAUAAGUGGACUGUGUAUGUUCGCGGGGCGAUGAAUGAGGAUCUGGGAGUGGUGGUAAAGCGCGUUGUUUUUCAGCUGCAUUCCAGUUUCAAUAGCCCUACAAGGGUACUGGAGUCGCCUCCGUUUGAGGUAUCGGAAGCUGGAUGGGGUGAAUUUGAAAUCGCCAUCACGCUUUAUUUCCAUAGUGAUGUUUGUGAUAAGCCUGUAAACUUAUAUCAUCAUUUGAAGUUGUACCCCGAGGAUGAAUCUGGUCCCAUGUCUACCAAGAAGCCUGUUGUUUUGGAAACUUAUGAUGAGAUUGUGUUCCCUGAGCCUUCAGAAGGUUUUUUAGCUCGUGUGCAGAAUCAUCCAGCUGUAACCCUGCCCAGAUUACCAAUUGGAUUUACUUUGCCUCCUCCUGUACCAGUUGAGGAUGCAAGUAGAAGGAAGAGAGGUGACACUAAAGAUCACCCCCUAAGUCAGUGGUUCAUGAAUUUCUCAGAAGCAGAUGAACUUUUACAACUUGCAGCAGCUCGUCAACAGGUCAGCAUGAGUGCUUCCUUGAAAUCAUGAAUGUUGUCUGUCAUGUCAUGUGCAAGCUCAUAUUGCUAAACUCAAGCGACAAAUAAAUGUGAUAGAUGGGCCACAUCAACAGUUGAAAUCUAUCUCUGACCAGUGAAUGACAACAUUAUUCCUGCAGAUUUUUUCAGAUUCUACUUCAAAUUGGUUUUGCAGCAUAUACAUUCGUUGGCAUUUGCAACAAUGAUAUGUACCUUCUUAGUUCUCGGCCGUGGAGAAUUCUUUGUCAGCUUUGUUUUCCCUCUCUUUUUUUUUAUGGCCUUUUUAUCUCAUUGACUUUGUAUCAAUAAGGAAAGGAGGCAAAAAAAAAAUUUAUCAUUAGAUUAAUACAAGUUAUAAAAUUAAAUUUAUUGCA